AUGGAGGGUCUGAAGGUGGAAUGGAGAAAAAAAGACUUUCUGGUUCAUCUGUAUGAAGAUGGUGAGAGUCGAACAGAUGAACAGCACCAGGAUUAUCAGGAUAGAGCUCAUUUCUUUACUGAGCACAUUAAAGAUGGAAACUUCUCCCUCCGUCUGGACAAACUGAGAGCUGAAGAUGAGGGACAGUAUACAUACAUAAUUUUCCGUCUUCAGAUGUUUCUUGUUUUCUGUCCAAAUGUUCUGAUGUUUCUUGCUUUUGUCCUCUGGGGUGUCUCUGAAGGGUCUCUGUUUGAGACGGUCUCUUGUUGUGCUCUUUAUUUUCUGAGGCCUCUCAUGUUGCUCUGGACGGCUCCGUAUGUGAAUGAUUUCACAGGCAAGAUUAAAACAUGGAUUAAAAGUUACAGUUUUAGGACAGAAUACAUUGUUUUUUCAGCUGUUUUUUAUUCAGUUCUGUUUAAAUCUGCCUGGGACAAAAGUCUGAAUUAUGCUGGAUUUGAAGGAGUCAUGAUUAUCAUCCUCUUUGUAAUAGUGAUUCUGUUCAACCUCUUCUACAUAAUUUUCUUGUUGGAUAAAAUAAUUGGGAAAUUAAGUCAGCGGAUCAGUACUCUAUUCCGUGUUCUAGCUAGUAUAACCUUUGAUGUUUUGCCUUCACUACAAUUCAUCCUCCUGUUUUAUGCCUUUGGAUCUGCCAGAGGAGGAUUCAUCAUUGUUGCAGUUUUACCAGUGUUUUUCACAGUCACAAAUUACAAUUGGGACGUAGUAUGUGGUCAAAAAAUGGGCUGUUCACCUGCUGUCAGGAGAUCAGUGUAUUUAACUCUCAUGAUACUGAUCAAUGCUGUCAUGGUCUAUUUCUACAUCAUCGCUCUGGAAAAUGAAAAGGAUCGUGUUGGAUGGGCCUGUAUGAUUGCGUUUCUUCAGUUACUCUGGGCAGUGAUGAACUUCACAGCCUCAUUUAAAUGGGGUACAGUAUGAAUCAUCUGAUCUGAUCAUCUUCACACUGUGAUGAUUUACUCUAUUAGCUCAAGUUUAUUCUCUUCACUCUGAACAGAUCCAGACUCUACACUGGAAAAUAUUAUUUUAAUUCUAACAGUAAAAGACAGUAGAAAUGCUAAAAACCUAUUAGCUUGUUAACUGUACAUUCCCUUACUAUAAACAGUGAAAAACCCUUUCUUUUUUUUUUUUUUUUUUAAAAGAUAUGUGCAUUAGGACUUUGUUACAUCUUAUGUGUUUAAUGUUAAUUACGUUAUGUUAGUGCUGUGUUUGUGUGAAUGACGCUGUGAAUCGACUAUAUAUGAGUAUUUUCCUCAUCAGUUUGUGUA